AUGGAGAUCGUCGAUUGCCAGGCCCUCUCUCCUGCCGACGCCAUCCUCUUCUCCGCCUUUGACUGCGCAAACCACGGCCGCGAUCUUUGGGUCUCCGACACCGCCGGCGGGCUCGUCCAUCGCGACCUCCGCCAACCCAAGUCUUCCGCCCCUGUCGUUGGACGGCCUCUAAGAAGAAGAUCGGCUGCCUCAGUAUCUGUCCCAACUCUAAAUACAGACUGGCAUUCUUCGGUCUUACGGGCCCUAUUGGGUCUCCUGCCAAGCAGCGAGAUCGGCGAUGUAGAGCAGGAGAGCUGUCUGGCGAGUCACGCGCCGGGACUGGCUUGUUCCUCGGCGUACUGCAGUCCGACAGGGGACAAGAUCCUGAGCACGAGUUACGAUGACCUGGUGCGCGUGUGGGAGGUGACCAACAGAAAAUCAAGACAUGUUAUAUUCCAUUGA